GAGUCUUUCCAUCUCAAAACAACUUAUUCCACCUAAAUUCCGAGGAAACCACACCUUCCACUUCCUCUUCAGAAUUCUUAUUGAAAACUACAGCCUUUAGUUUGUCCACCCUCGCGUUAUUUGCUUUAAAAAAAUUGAGAUAUCGUUCUUCUAAGAUCAAAGAGACCAGAAAACACGGUCUCCCGGUCAGAAAACCACAAUACAUACUCCCAGGCCAUAUUAAAGUCACCAGGUCUAUUAUAACUCCGUCAUAAUGCCCAAUUCACCAUACCAUCACCAAUCGACUACUCAGGCAACUCAGUUUCAAUUUUCGGACAACGGAAAUGCAGUUGAGUAUACAGCGAAUGGUCAGUGGAACAACUACUAUACCCAAAGUCGAUUCACAGAAGUCAACCGCGCUGUGCCUAUAAUGAGCAGCAAUGCUCAAACCCAAGCUCAGAAGUCAUACACUUCUUCAUCGACUACCAAUACGGAAUCAAUGACGCCAAUGGAUCGCUGGACUGCCGAAACUUUUCAACAGGCUUCUUGGAAUGCAAUCGGAAGUGUUGCUACCUCAUCAAAGAAUAGCGGGUCCGGAUAUUCAAGCAAUCAUGUUAAUCACCAACAGCAAUCUGGUGAUGAUUGGAGUAUCUGUGGAAAUAAAUCGACCAGAUGAACAAUAAUUGAGAAUGAGCGUGUGAGUGAUCGA